GAAGAUGUCGGUGGUGGCGCAAAAUCCACCCCCGGGGGAGGAAAAGACUAAGUAUGGGCUGAAGGACCUCUUCAACGCGCCGCGGAUGACGAAAGAGUACCUUUUGAAACACUGCAAAGAACUCAAACUAUACCGCACCCCGCACUUAAACGACGUCUUAUAUUUACACUUCAAAGGGUUUUCAUACAUUGAGAAUUUGGAAGAAUACACAAAUUUGAAAUGCUUGUGGUUGGAGAACAACGGAUUACGGGAGAUUAGCGGGCUUGACCACCAGACGGAGCUCCGCAGCUUGUUCCUCCACUACAACCUCAUCAAAAAAAUCGAAAAUUUACAAAACUGUCCACUCCUAGAUAACCUCAACUUAGCCCACAACCAAGUGAAGAAAAUCGAAAAUUUGGACUCAAUUAAGCAGCUGCACACUCUCAAUUUGUCACACAAUUACGUCGAAACCAUCGACGAUUUAAAACACUUGGCGGAACUCCUCGAGCUGUCAGUUUUGGACUUGUCGAACAACCACAUCGACGACCCACUUGUGGUCGAAGUUCUCGGUAAAAUGCCAGAGUUGAGGGUUUUGAGUUUGAUGGGUAACCCAGCGAUUAGGAAAAUACCAGCGUACCGAAAAACCAUGAUUUUGGCUUGCAAAAACUUACAAUAUUUGGACGACCGUCCGGUGUUUCCACGGGACCGCGCAUGCGCAGAAGCUUGGGAGCGUGGAGGAGUGGCUGAAGAAAACGCAGAAAGACAAAGAUGGAUUGAAAGAGAGCACAGAAGAAUCAUGGAAAGUGUUGACGCUGUCAUCGCAAUGAGGGAUCGAAGAAGAGCAGAAGUGGCCCAACAGGUGACACACAGUGACAGCGGUGUCGGUACUUCGGUUGCUGAUUCAGAGAGUGAAAGUAAAGGCGGUGAAAGUACCUCCAGUGAUGAAGAAGGCGAAGAAAGAGAAGAAGAAAGUGGAGAUAAUUUCAUGAGGGAUCGACAAACCACUGAAGAUUACUCCGCUUAUAGAGAGAGAAUUUUUGAUUUUAGCCCGAGACGAGCGAGCGAAGGGAGAUUGCUGGUUGAAGAAAUUAAAGAAGAAACUUCUGAAGAAUGUGCCGCCGCGGAGCUAGAAAACAAAGAAAGUAUCGAUAAAAAGGGACACCACACACUAGAUGCGGAGAAGCUACGGGAACUCCUGACUGAAGAAAUUAAAAAGGAAAAAGAAGAUGACCAAAAUAUGGAUGAGUGUCUUGGUGACAUGAUGAAAGCAGAACACAUGGAAGAGAAGAACGAAGACAAUUGUGAAACAAAAAGUGCAAAUGAAGCAACAGAUGACCAUACUUACGAAGAAUUUAUUGAAGAUGGUUGCCUAGAAUUACUCUUCGCAAUGGAUGAAGAUAACGAUACAAAAGUUGAAGAAACAUUGAAUGCAAAUUGUGAUAAAAACCUUGGAGAAGAUCUGAAGAUUUUCAAAACCGAAGAGGAAGAAAUUACUGACGAAACGCUUGGAAGAAAACUCGUUGAAGCAGUGGAUAAAAUAGCAGAGGAGAUGAAUGAAUCAGACGAAGAAAAUUAUGGCAGAAGCCUUGUCAACGCUAUUAAUAGAAUGCAUUCCAAUGAAGAAACAGAUAACCAAAUUGAAGACAAGCCUUCAGUAGCACCAACUGAAAACCAACAAAAUGAAGCACCACCAAACCAAAACAAAGACCCCAUUGAAGAUAUGGGACGAAAAUUGCUUGCAGCCAUCGAUAGAAUGACAUUCGAACUCAGCAAACAAGAAGAAAGAGAAGCCGCUAAAAAAAUCAACGAGAAAAAAUUCACCUCUGUGGGAGUGUGCACCGAAGAAACCCAAACCCAAACCCAAACUGAAGACAUAGAAAAACGCUACUACGAAGAACUAGAUGUUUCCAAAAACACCGACUACGAUCAUCUGCUAGAGCACAACGACGGCCACAAGACCCUCGAAAAUUUAAGCGACCGCUUUAUAAGAAAACGCGACGUUCCGUUACCUCCAUACGUCGAAGAAAUAGAUGCUGCCAACCCUGGUCAAGAAUACCGGGAAAUUUUGACGUGGAAGUUGAAGAUGAAGGAAGACAAUACGAGAAUUCCGCUGCCAAUCAUAAGACGAAAAAUCGAGGUAGAUGAAGAUGACGAGUUGUAUGAGUUAAUUGAAGCAAUGAAGAAAGAUGAGGAGUUUUCGGUGGUUCCGCCGGGAGAUAUCGCUGAAGAGAACGACGUGAUUUUGUAUCCACGAAGAAGGAGGAGUUUGGGAAGAUUUGAGGGUGAAGAUAACGAUUGUGGGAAUGUUGCGAAGUCGUUGGCUAAUUUAAGGAAAGAAAUGGCGACGUUUUGCGAAAGUAUUGAGGAGUUUAUUAAGAGCACUAAAUUUAAUGACAGGAAGAAGAAUGAGGGAAAAGGUGAAACGGAAGAUGUAGAUGACGGAAAGAAGGAGAAAGAUGGAAGCAAAGAUAUCCGUGAAUUAGAUGAAGAUACGCAAAUUGAAGAUAGUGGUGAUGGUGUGGAAGAUGAAAGGAAGAAAGAAUUAAGUGAUGAUGAUAUGAACAAAAUUGGAGAUUUAACGUCGGCAGAUAAAAGUGAAGAUAGAGAUGGCGAAGAAAAAGAUGAAUGUAAAGAAGAAGAGAAAGACGAUGGUGAGGAUGCUAUUCUUCAUGUUGUCAAACGAGAAGUUACUUGUACUCUUGAGAUGCAGUUAGCCAACGAUCUAUAGUUUUUUGUUAGAAAUAAAGAUUUGUUGUUUGA